AUGAAGAGGAAACCUUCAUACAUUCCACAUGAGACUUUUGCCUUUCUUGAGAACAGUCCACGACAAAUCACCAGACCAAGAAAUCAUUCAGGGACCACAUACGCAAAUUUUCCAAAAAGGAAUGCAGAUUGUCCAGUGUACUUAGGAAAUGCUAAUGGCAGACCAGAGAUGUACACUCAGGAAAAUGAUGUUCUGCAAAGAAAUACAAACCCAUCGAAUAGGUGCAAGCCAAGAAGACCUGCACUUAAGGACAUUUCAAAUGUUGCAACAAAUUUGGAAACUGAAUUCCAGAACUAUACUAGGCCUGAUGUUGUUACAGAAAAUGCUGAGGCACGGUAUAGGAAUCUAAGCUUUUGUUUUGACGGACCUUGUGACACUGGCAGUGAAGUUAGUAUAGAUGAGUAUGAUAAUGGUGAUCAAACUUCAAAUGCCUUAACAUUCAUUGAACCUGACCAUACAUCUGUGAAGGCGCACAAUGGUCAAGCCACACAUAGCCAAGGUGAUCAAACUUCAAAUACCUUAACAUUCAUUGAACCUGACCAUACAUCUAUGAAGGCGCACAAUGGUAAAGCCACACAAGGAUACGUUGAUAUAGGGGAUCCUACAUUUAAAUGCCAAAGAUGUGGUGCACUAAUGUGGUUCAAUGAGAAAGUUGGAUCAAACAAGUAUGCUAGAAACCCAUCAUUCUCAAUGUGCUGUCUUAAAGGAAAAGUUCAGCUUCCUCCUCUAGCACCUCCUCCAGAUCAGUUUGUAAGAUUAUUUUUUGACGAGAAGACACCAUCUUCAAGAAACUUCCUCACAAACAUAAGAACUUAUAACAAUAUGUUCUCCUUUACUUCUAUGGGUGGUAAAAUUGAUUACUCAAAGAACUCUGGUGGUGGUCCCUAUUCAUUUGUUUUGUCUGGCAUUAACUACCAUAGGAUUGGAAGUUUAUUACCUCCUAAAGGAUCAAAGCUUGUUUACUCCCAACUGUACAUAUAUGAUACUGACAAUGAAGUAUGCAACCGUAUAUCUGCUGUAAGCAAGCAUAUGAAAGAAUCAGCCAUUGAUAAUAAUAUUGUUGAUCAUAUCAAGAAAACCCUUGAUGAUGCCAACCCUUUUGUAAAACAAUAUCGAGCAGCAUCAUCAAUGAUCAAGAAUGACCAAAACACUGAUGUGAAAAUUUGUUUGAUCAGUACAAGAACGAAGGAUGGGCGGAAUUACAAUUUGCCGUCUACUUCAGAGGUUGCUGCUUUAAUUGUUGGUGACAUUGAUAUGAAUUUCGGUAGAAGAGAUGUUAUAGUUCACAAGUUGUCAGGCUUGCCACAACGUAUUGAUGAAUUGCAUCCUUCCUAUCUUCCACUCCAAUACCCAAUAUUGUUUCCUAGAGGUGAGGAUGGUUAUCGUGACAAUAUAGAACAUCGUGAAGAGACUCUUUCUAAUACUAAGAAGAAAAAGCGGGUUAGUAUUAGAGAGUAUUUUGCAUAUAGGUUGAUGAUGAGGGAAAAUGAGAUGUCAACCAUACUUCAUGCAGAGAAGUUAUUCCAGCAAUUCAUAGUUGAUGGUUAUACCAUGAUAGAAGCUCAAAGGUUAUUAUGGGUCAGAACGCACCAGAAGGAACUUAGGGCAGAUUUGUAUCAGGGAUUGACAGAUGCGCUAUUAACUGGAGAAAGAAGUGCAUCGUCCACAGGGAAGCGUAUAAUUCUUCCAUCUUCCUUCACUGGAGGGGCACGAUAUAUGGUUGGCAACUAUAAAGAUGCAAUGGCUAUUUGUAGAUGGGCGGAGAUAUUGUGUAGGGUUUUCCAUAUAAAGCUUAAGGCUCUUAUGGAUACAAUCAAGAAGAAGAAGAUAUUUGGUACUGUUAUUGUAGACGUUCAUACGAUUGAAUUCCAAAAAAGAGGACUUCCACAUGCACACAUUUUGUUGUUCCUAGAUCAACGUGAUCAACCUAAAUAUCCGGAGGAUGUGGAUAGGGUAAUCUCUGCAGAAAUACCUAACUUGGAUGAAGAACCACAAUUGUAUGACUUAGUUAAGAGGAGGAGAGAUGAUGGGAGGACAAUUGAAGUCAAAGGCAUUCCUCUGGAUAACCGGUUUAUUGUGCCUUAUAACCCCACAUUGUUAUCUAUGUUUGAAGCUCAUAUUAAUGUUGAGAAGUGCCGGCCGAUUGAUGAGAUUCAACAGUAUUACAACUUUAGGUAUAUCUCAGCUUGUGAGGCAGCUUGGCGCAUAUUUGCCUUUGAUAUACACACAGGGAAGACAUUUCUGUGGAAUGCUUUGGCCUCUACUCUUCGAGCUAGAGGCGAUAUUGUUAUUACUGUUGCCUCCAGUGGCAUUGCUGCCACAUUAUUACCAUUUGGAAGAACGGCACAUUCCAGGUUUGCGAUCCCUAUACAAGUUAAUGAAGACUCUGUUUGCAAUAUCACACAAAAUUCUGCCUGA